GUGAGACGGCGCUGACUGGCUGCGGGCCUCCGGGAUCGCCGCCGCCAGCAAAUUAAGGCGCAGGGCAGCGAGCGCCAGGGCUCACUGUCCGUAGUUCCGCGCCGCGCUCCCCACGCCAGCGUCUUAGCAGCCGCGCUCGGCUGGUGGCCACCUCAGCCUGGGACAUCCCGGCUGUCCCCAGCCCCAGAGGGAGGAAGGACGCGGAGGGGAUGCUCCAGGACCCCAGGACUUUGUGCAGUUGAUGCUCGUUUCCGCCUUCGGGCUGUGCAGACUGUCGUCCUGCCGAGCGCCCCGGGGCGUGCGCACCCGCCGUAGCGCUCGGUGGGCCCUCUCCUCUCCGGCUGCCUUCGAAGUCUCUGCGGCUCUGGGGCUUUGCGGUGGGGGAUAGAGGCCAGUGUGCAGCUCUGGAGUCGUUGGAGCUGACACUUCUGGAGUCCCUGGCCCCGCUGUGACUACUCUCGGAAACUUUGAGCUGUGUUUCGGGUCUUUGUCUCCCUUGGGGAAUCUGGACGGCAGUUCGGACGACCCCGUCCUUGGCCAGGACCGCGUGCUGGGGACCAUGGAGUUCACGGCGUCCCCCAAGCCCCAACUCUCCUCCCGGGCCAACGCCUUCUCCAUUGCCGCGCUCAUGUCGAGCGGCGGCUCUAAGGAGAAGGAGGCGACGGAGAACACAAUCAAACCCCUGGAGCAAUUUGUGGAGAAGUCGUCCUGUGCCCAGCCCCUGGGUGAGCUGACCAGCCUGGAUGCUCAUGGGGAAUUUGGUGGAGGCAGUGGCAGCAGCCCGUCCUCCUCCUCUCUGUGCACUGAGCCACUGAUCCCCACCACCCCCAUCAUCCCCAGUGAGGAAAUGGCCAAAAUUGCCUGCAGCCUGGAGACCAAGGAGCUUUGGGACAAAUUCCAUGAGCUGGGCACCGAGAUGAUCAUCACCAAGUCGGGCAGGAGGAUGUUUCCAACCAUCCGGGUGUCCUUUUCGGGGGUGGAUCCUGAGGCCAAGUACAUAGUCCUGAUGGACAUCGUCCCUGUGGACAACAAGAGGUACCGCUACGCCUACCACCGGUCCUCCUGGCUGGUGGCUGGCAAGGCCGACCCGCCGUUGCCAGCCAGGCUCUAUGUGCAUCCAGAUUCUCCUUUUACUGGUGAGCAACUACUCAAACAGAUGGUGUCUUUUGAAAAGGUGAAACUCACCAACAAUGAACUGGAUCAACAUGGCCAUAUAAUUUUGAACUCAAUGCAUAAGUACCAGCCAAGGGUGCACAUCAUUAAGAAGAAAGACCACACAGCCUCAUUGCUCAACCUGAAGUCUGAAGAAUUUAGAACUUUCAUCUUUCCAGAAACAGUUUUUACGGCAGUCACUGCCUACCAGAAUCAACUGAUAACGAAGCUGAAAAUAGAUAGCAAUCCUUUUGCCAAAGGAUUCCGGGAUUCCUCCAGGCUCACUGACAUUGAGAGGGAAAGUGUGGAGAGCCUGAUUCAAAAGCAUUCCUAUGCACGCUCACCCAUCCGUACCUACGGAGGAGAAGAAGAUGUCUUGGGGGAUGAGAGUCAGACAACCCCAAAUCGAGGGUCAGCCUUUACAACAUCUGAUAAUUUGUCUCUCAGCUCCUGGGUAUCAUCUUCUUCCAGUUUUCCUGGGUUUCAGCACCCACAGUCCCUGACUGCUCUUGGCACCAGCACAGCAUCCAUAGCAACACCCAUUCCUCACCCCAUCCAGGGUUCUCUGCCACCAUAUAGCCGACUGGGAAUGCCUCUGACCCCAUCGGCCAUUGCCAGCUCCAUGCAAGGGAGUGGCCCCACAUUCCCUUCAUUCCACAUGCCACGAUACCAUCACUAUUUUCAGCAGGGGCCCUAUGCUGCCAUUCAAGGACUACGCCAUUCCUCUGCUGUGAUGACGCCAUUUGUAUGACUCUUCUAAAAAUGGGAGAAUCCAGAUCCAGAAUGUGCAAGUGGGUAUGGAAAUAUAGGACAGGGCUGGGUGGGUGGGAUGUGGGGUAUUGGAGCAGGGGCUUUCCAGGAGACACAGGACCUAUCAAAGAGGAGAGCCGGACUCACAAUAAAACCUACCACUGAGGGAAUGCACCACGGACCAGGAUUCAUCUGAGGGACAGCUCUUGGGUUCAGGAGAGAAUCCAUGUAAAGUUCUCAGCCAGCCUGAAAGUUUACUAAUACAAGGCUGAUGAAUCUUAAAGUGCAUUAUUCCUCAUGGUUAAAACGCUGUGUUGAUGCAGUAAUGUAUAAAAUCAUUGUGUGUAGGGUUUCUUCCUGCUUUUCACAGGAUAAAAGAAUCUUCAAAGAGGCCAUACUAUAUAGCAUACUGACCAUAAUGACUAACUGAAGUCAAUUUAUCCCUGUAGAAAAUGGGAGCCAGUAGAGAAAUAUUUGUAGUGCUGUAGCAUAAGCAUGUUUAGUUUUCUUUUGUGUUAGUCUGCUGGGGAAGGAGCUGAGAUAAUGCUAAUGCAUCCUGUUUUGUGGAUGAAUACAUGGUAAUGACCUCACAAAGUUCUGUUUGUAAUAUUGAAGGGCCAGUAACCAACAAGCUCAGUUUUCACAGUCUUCUUUCUUCCUAGUUCUCUUUAUUGCAAAUACUUGCCAGAGUUAGGGUUGGGGCUAGAGUUAUGGAAGAAAAAUCUUCCAUAUACAGUUUUGAAGCAAGAGCCUCUCUAUAUUACAUGGUAAAACUGAAGUUUGAUUUUUCUGGGCUGCAUUCUAAACACACUACCGACUAAUUCACUGAGGAACACUCCAAAGCCUAGGCAUGAUGUUAUGUGAGGCUCGCUUUCACUUACAGCUGCAACAGAAGGAUGGUUGUUCUAUUCCAGAAGGAUUUCUCUGCCGUUGGUGCCAGAGAUCCCUUCAUUUUCACUUCAGUUUUGGAAGACCUUGUGGAUGUUAAAAUGCAUCUGGACAAAUUCUCAUUUUCAGUAAAUCUGCUUUGUUGUUGCUGCCGCUGAUUGACAAGGAUUUGAGAAUGACCAUUCUAAAUGCCAGGAUAGCCAUGAUUUAACUUAUGUUCCUGAGUGGAAAUGUGUCCAUACAUCUAAUUUGGCCUUUUUCCUUACUGUGUUACAUUUAAUGACUCCUUUACCAUUUUGCUAGGUCUGUAAUCUUAAAUUGCUUGAUAACGGAAUGGCUCCAUAACUGAAAUGUUGGCAAUUCUUAUAAGUAAUCUAAAGCAUUCUUCCACUUUAUUUUCAACUUUUGCUCUCUUCUUAAGCCUUCCUUUAAUGUUUAUAAUAGUAACAAAUAUUUUAGUUAUAUAUGACCUGUAUAUUGUUUUUGAACAGCAUAUAUAUAUAUAUAUAAGCAUUUACAGUCAGGGUAACACAUUUGGCAUUUUGCAACAAUUUAUUUCCCUAAUAACAUAGAUUUAAUGAAAUUAAUAGUUUUUCAACUUUAGAUUUAAUGCACUUCAACUACAGGAUGCAACCUGUCGUCUUAGAAAAUUUCUCCAAAACUCUAAUUUAAUUUUUGUAUGUAAUAUUCAUUCUACUCUUCUUGCUACAAAAGUAUUGAAUCUGUUAAAAGGGAUGGGAAAUAUUUCUACGGACAGUAGAAGUGUAUUUGGGGGGAAAUGCAAUAUACUUAUCACAUCAGACUCCCACGGGAUUUUAUUUGGUGGUUUUAAUGUUAGCCUUUUUCAUAUCACAUGCCUUUCUGGGCACUUCCAGCCUAUGAAACAAGGCAUCAUGGCACAGCCUGUCUAGGUGAUGCUGUUGUUGGAUUUUGCACUUGCUGUUCUCCACUGUACUCCAAAGUUUACUUACAGAAAAGCAUGGGCUGCGUUAACAAAGCAUCUCACGAUCCUACAGCAAACACUGUGGGCCAAUUUUUAACUUGUUGCAUGUUAUGCUGUAGUAUCCACAGGUAGUUUGUUUUCAAACAAAGUACAGGUGUGCAUUUCUUUAAAAAAGCAGUUAUGAGUAAUGUUUAAACUAUCCAUAGAGCUGGGAUAGGGGUUUACUAUUUAAUAGCUGGCCUGUUGCCAGUGCUCCUUUGAAUAUAGAGUACUGCUGCUUAAAGCAGGAAUAACAAAAGAUGCUGUUUUACAUAAUGCUACUCAAUACCCUGAUAAAUUACUGGUCUACUAAGGUGAAUCUGUAUCUGAAUUUUAUUUUCAAAGAGGAUGAAAAGAUUGUUUUAAUACAUACCGUUUUGACAUUUCUACCAAUCUGUGUGUCUCAAAGAGAUUUGUGUGUUUUUGUUGAAUAUGGUUUUACCUAGUAUUUCCUGACUUCAUAAUUUUAUUUUGUAAUUAAGCAAUAUAAGACUAUAAAUAAGAGUGCUUAGAGAAAACAAAGACUAGUCAGACCUAAAAUUCUAAAUUGGGUAUAUAUUUUUAAGUAUUAUUUGAACCAGAGAAAAGAAGCACAAGUGAAAUAGAGCUUAACCUCAUCAGAGUCACUUGAGCCAUGGAAACCAAGGGGUAGAAAUUUCCCCUCUCUGGGCCUUUCUGUGGUAUCCUGGUCAUUGAUUCUUAUUAAACCCUUGGGAGUUUAGUAUUUAAAAUUCCAAAGCCCAUUCUGGCAAAAGUAAUUUCAAGAACUACCUAUUUAAUGGGAAAGCCAAUUGAAUAAUAAAGGCCAUGAAUUAUAAUAUAUUUAGAAUAUAUUCAGGGUUCCUCCCAUGCCUCCCCCCGCCCCCCGAGUAUAUUAUAGUGUCAAAAAGCAUGGCUAAUGGGAAGUGCUGCUAAAAAGAGGUCCUGCCAGAUCUGCUUUAUCUAAUCCUGAGGAAUUAAUUCAGAACUUAAUAGGUUUUGCAGUUGUGGUUUGUUUUUAAAAUAUCAAUAAUUCUGAGUAGAUUCACGGUCUUUGUUUUGUUUUGUUUUGUUUUGUUUUGUUUGAGACGGAGUCUCACUCUGUUGCUAGGCUAGAGUGCAGUGGCAUGAUCUCGGCUCACUGUAACCUCCGUCUCCUGGGUUCAAGCAAUUCUCCUGCCUCAGCCCCCUGAGUAGCUAGAAUUACAGGUGUGCGCUACCAUGCCCAGCUAAUUUUUGUAUUUUUAGUAGAGACAGGAUUUUACCAUGUUGGCCAGGAUGGUCUCGAUCUCUUAACCUUCUGAUCCACCCACCUCGGCCUCCCAAAGUGCUGGGAUUACAGGCAUGAGCCACCGCACCCGGCCUCAAUUUUUUUUUUUUUUUUUACUAACUUAGUCUUCUCCUCUCCUCUGUCUACCCUUAGCAAUAUAUAAGUAAACAUAUCCAGCUUGUCUAACACAUCACAGAUUAUUAGUUAACAAGGUGUAGAUUAAUGAACUUAUAUUGUAUUGCUGGAUCUUUUGAGUUAAUAACAAUGGUAACUUGUCCAGAAGGCCUAUCAUCAUUCCUAGUAGGUGGGCACAGAGUAAGAGAUAUUAAGAAGCUUCCUGAUGAGUCGUCAUCUAGCGAAGGCCCUGUGUGGGGCUAUAUUAUAGGAGUUACAUUGACUUCUGGGGCAUUUGAAGGUCUCCCCCCUUAUCCAUAUCUCUGUCAUUUUGCUUCUCCAGCCACGACAACACACUUUCCUCUCCAACUGCUCCCUCCCCACCAAAAAAGAAAACCCUCUAAAAGGCAAAGGAAUAAAUAUUCUUAGAAGUAAAUUAUCUUCAUCCCAUGCUGCAUUUUUCAAAGAGGUGUUAGGAUAUUUAUCCUAUUUCUGUAUUUCACAGUAGCUUUUCAGGCUGUCCUGCUUAUAUAUAAGCUGAUUUAUAUUGAGAAAAAUCACUUUUGAAUGAAGAGGAUGAAAUGACUUUACACCCCAUUAAAUACUCAGUCAAGCUUAGCCAUGACUCAGUAACUAAAAAGUUCAAAAAAUCCAGUUAUGUAAUGUGCAGAGUAACAAACUGCAAGAAAAACAACUUAAUCUUCCAGUGACUAAGUAAGAAAAACUGUUGUCACUAUUAAACAUGUAGGAAAUUGAUAAUUAUUACAAACAAAGCAAUACUCUACCCUAAAUCUAGACAAAUCACUGGACAGAUGAUAAGAUUUUCAGCUUUCUCCUUUAAAGAGCUGUGCCUGGCUGGAUGAUGGGUUUUAUACACGUUUUUAUGUUAUUUUAGAAUGUACAGAUUUUUUUGUAAACAUGCAAAGGGAAGGUUACAAACUCCUUAAACUUUAAAAAACCAUCAAAUCCUUUCUUUGCUACUUAUAUUCUAUGCCAAUUAUAAUAUUCCAAGACUUACCUUUCUUCAGAAUGCUUACAUAUGGAAAGGUUUAUUUAUAAAUAUUUGAUAGGUAAAUAUUCCAUAUGUAUUUUCUAGCCCUUCUUUCUCUGUCCCUCCCUCAAAUAACUUCAUUACCCUCUCCUUUUUAAACGAAAUAUCUUGAUAAUAAGAAAACAAAAUCAUUUUUUUGUGAAAUAAUACAUAUGGACAAAAAAUACAAGUUGUAUUUUACUUCUGGUUCAUUAAAAUAUUGUGUUUAGUUGGAUUUUUUCCUCCUUUAUUUUCAGAAACAUAAAAGAAAUUGUUUUAUUUCCUAAAGGAUAAAAUUGGAUAUAGCCUCUUUAGUAGACACUAUCACAGUUCUGUUGUUUGCUGUGUUCAUUUGCAUAAUGAAUUGCGUGAGAACAGUCACUGUAAUGAAAUAUGUGUGCUGGGGGUGGGGGGAAGGGCAUGGGAAAUGUUUUAUGAAAAAAAGUUAUAAGCCUAAUACUAUGAAGUAACAUCUAAUGCAGUUCUUUUUAAGUGCAAUAUAUUUAUUUCUGCUAGAAAUAUAUUAUCAACCUUAUGUAAUAUUUGAAGCAUUACAUAUUAUUUGUAAACAGCUUAAAAUUAUAUAUUACCCCAAUUGUACAUAAGUACAAAUGUGUGGAUAUUAGUUUCUUUCAUUAAAAAUGGUGUUUUUUUAAAAA